GGGUCGUAUAUGUAUAGUUCUGGAAAGCUCUCUCUCUCUCUUUAGGUGCCUCAUCUCUCCACACUCAAAAUAACACGUACUACACACACUGAGUGCUCCUUUCCGCCUCGCUCUGCUGCACUACCAUAAGCUCAAUUCUGCAAAUCCCUUCAGUGAAUUGAAUGGCAAUCAUACCUUGUGGAAGUACAUGGGGAGUUCAGCCUCAAUUUAUGUCAAGAUCCUUCAUUAUAAAUAAAUUUUCAACAUCGCCCCUUUGUUUCUCAAGCAGAAUCAGGUCAUUGUCAUCACCUAGUUCAACGUUUUUGUCUCAAAAAUCCUUGAGUGCACUUUUUAGAUUGGGAUCAUACAAUAACUCACGUCAACAACGAAGAACUCGUUUGGUUGUUAGAGCUGACAGAGAUUACUAUACUGUGCUUGGUGUGUCUAAAAAUGCCAGCAAAUCAGAAAUCAAAAGUGCAUAUCGAAAACUUGCCAGGAACUACCAUCCUGAUGUGAACAAAGAACCUAAUGCUGAAGAGAAGUUUAAGGAGAUUAGUAAUGCUUACGAGGUUUUGUCAGAUGACGAGAAACGCUCGAUAUAUGAUAGGUAUGGGGAAGCUGGGCUCAAAGGUGCUGGCAUGGGCACGGGGGAUUUUAGCAACCCCUUUGAUCUAUUUGAGUCAUUAUUUGAUGGUCUUGGCGGUAUGGGUGGUAUGGGCAUGGGAGGAAGAGGAUCUCGUAACCGAGCCACAGAAGGUGAAGACCAGAUCUACAACCUGGUUUUGAAUUUCAAAGAAGCCGUAUUUGGGGUUGAGAAGGAGAUUGAGAUAACUCGCCUCGAGAGCUGCAACACUUGUGAUGGUUCAGGAGCGAAACCAGGAACAAAGCCAACUACAUGUGGCACUUGUGGCGGUCAAGGGCAAGUCGUCUCGUCAGCUAGGACCCCACUUGGAGUCUUCCAACAGGUAAUGACAUGUUCUUCUUGUGGUGGGACGGGAGAAAUUUCUACUCCUUGCAACACGUGCAACGGUGAUGGCCGAGUAAGGAAGUCAAAGCGGAUUAGCUUGAAAGUUCCUGCUGGGGUAGACUCUGGCAGUCGUUUGAGGGUCAGGUCCGAGGGAAAUGCUGGAAGGAGAGGGGGCCCUCCCGGGGAUCUUUUCGUGAGCAUAGAAGUUCUUGCUGAUCCUGUUUUGAAACGGGAUGACACCAACAUACUUUAUACUUGCAAGGUUUCAUAUAUAGACGCUAUUUUAGGAACAGCAUUAAAGGUGCCAACAGUUGAUGGGAUGGUCGACCUCAAGAUUCCACCAGGUACCCAACCUAAUACAACGCUAGUUAUGGCGAAAAAAGGCGUCCCUCUUUUGAACAAAAGAAAUAUGAGGGGAGACCAGUUGGUGAAAGUGCAAGUCGAGAUUCCUAAGCGCCUAAGCACUGAGGAGAGGAAACUCAUAGAAGAGAUUGCCAACUUGAACAAGGCAAAAACAGCAAACAGUAGCAGAUAGUGGAAGCCGACUGGCUGACUCCUUUUUUCUAUUACGCUCUAUGCAUCGAUGGUUGAUGCUGUGUUGCUUACAACUGUAGCAGGCAAAUUUUUCUCUGAAUCAAUUUAUACGCGACUGAAUUUAGGGUUAGGAAAUUUUGUGGGUUGAUAUUUGUAUUUUUUACCACAAAGCAAAAUGUUAGAAAGAUAUUUGGACAUACCUUUCAGCUAUUUAUGUGGUAGUCUAUCCAUAUUUUUCUAUAACUACCUUCUUGACUAUAAUUAUUCAGUAUUUAUUGGAAAGUUAUGUUUGGUUGAUA